GCAACGUAAAGAUCUGUUUCAGACGAUGGGAAACGCUCUGUAAGCACACCGGGCAUCAACCGUCUGCUGCCAUGACAACAAGCCACUGCAACCAGUUGCCCGAGGUGUUGUCGGACCAUUCAGGAUCCACCCCCUUGGGAAGCUCCAGUGGAAGUGAGUCUGUUCCAAUGGGGAGCCUGGACUGCUCUGAUCCCGCCCUACCAGGAAAAGCAAUGGACUCUGAUUUAAAUCCAGCCAAUGGAGAACCACGGUACUAUGUGCAGGUGCCAGCCAAGGAUGGACAGCUUCUGUCCAAUGUAACAUUCACCAAACAGAGCCCUCUGGUAGAACGGCCCAUAUGUAGAAUCUGUCAUGAUGGAGGGGGUCAGGAGGAGCUGUUGUCCCCAUGUGAGUGCACAGGGACACUGGGUACAAUCCACCGCAGCUGCUUGGAGCACUGGCUCUCGGCCUCCAGCACCAGCUACUGUGAGCUCUGCCACUUCCAGUUCAGCGUUCAGCGCAAGGCACGGCCCCUCCUGGAGUGGGUGCGCAAUCCUGGUCUGCGUCGAGAGAAGAGAACUCUCUUCGGAGACAUGGUGUGCUUUCUCCUCAUCACGCCAUUGGCCACCAUCUCAGGUUGGCUGUGUUUGCGAGGAGCUGUCGACCACCUUCAGUUCUCCAGCCGACUAGAAGCAGUGGGCUUGAUCGCCCUCACGGUGGCUUUAUUCACUAUUUACCUCUUCUGGACACUGGUGUCUCUCAGGUAUCACUGCCGGCUCUAUAAUGAAUGGCGACAGACCAAUCAGAGGGUGGUGCUCCUGCUUCCUAAGUCACACAGUGAAUCAUUGACCAACCCAUCCCUGCCAGGGCUUCCACGCGUGAAACGACCCUCCAAAGAGACCAUAGUCUGAUCACGUGACCUCUCUUUGGUUUAUGUAAACUCCAGAGGAAUGAAGUUAAAGGGAUGGCGCGGCAUGGACGACUGCACUGAGGACAAAGAGUGUCUGGGUUACUGGACCAUAGUGAGGGGUCCAGUUCUACUUGUGCAGAGCCUCACUAAAGCAGAUGGGAUGCGUGUUGACUCUAAAAUGACUACUGAGAAACUGGAGCUAC